AUGUCAAGGACUCUACAGCCGUCCGUAUGGAUAGAGAACAUCGAUGGCAUGCUGGAAGCACCUCCGAGGCACAUUGAUCGACUUCAUUCCCCAGGCUUACAGGAUACCACCAAGCAUGACCCCUAG